UACCGACAGACGACGACGGCGCUCGCACCGCGACGCCCGUUCCAGCGACGCCGGACCGAUCACGAUCGCGACCAUCCGUUCGUUUAUCGAUGGAUUGAAUCGAUAGAAAUCCCGCUGGAGACGAGCACUUUAAUUACACAGGCGGCCCCCGGGGAGUGAGCGAUGGCACGAUGGACGGCGAGAACCGCAUCAUUUUGAACGUCGGCGGGAUCCGAUACGAGACCUACAAGGCGACGUUGAAGAAGAUCCCGGCGACCAGACUGUCCAGAUUGACCGAGGCGCUCGCCAAUUACGAUCCCAUACUCAACGAGUACUUCUUCGACAGGCAUCCGGGCGUGUUCGCCCAGAUACUCAACUAUUACAGGACCGGCAAACUCCAUUAUCCUACGAACGUAUGCGGUCCCCUCUUCGAAGAGGAAUUGGAGUUCUGGGGAUUGGAUUCGAACCAGGUGGAGCCCUGUUGCUGGAGCACGUACAGCGUCCACAGAGACACGCAGGCGACUUUGGCGAUUCUGGAUAAGCUGGACAUCGACUCGGCGCGGCCGACGGACGAGGAGGUGGCCCGGAUGUUCGGCUAUGAAGAGGCCUUCCACGCGGGGACGCUCAGCCGAUGGCAGAAGCUGAAGCCGAAGAUCUGGGCGCUGUUCGACGAGCCGUACUCCUCGUCGCAGGCCAAGGUACCGCCGUUCAAUGUGCAGUACCGAAAUAUGGUCGCCGGCGCGUCCGUGUUGUUCAUAUGCGUGUCGGUGUUUUCCUUUUGCCUGAAAACGCACCCCGGCAUGCGGGAAAAGUGCCACGUCGACGACAGGACCAACUGCACCAAGCCCUACGUCUAUUUCCAGUACGUCGAUCAUCUUUGCAACGCUUGGUUCACCUUCGAAUUGUCCGUGAGGUUGAUUGUGUCCCCGAAUUUGGUAGACUUCAUCAAAUCCCCGGUGAACAUCAUAGAUUUCGCGGCGACAGUGAGCUUCUACAUAGAUCUGAUCCUGCUGUCGGAGAAGAAGAACCAAUUGCUCGAUUUCUUCAGCAUCAUUCGAAUAUUUAGGUUGUUCAAACUGACGCGGCACUCGCCAGGUUUGAAGAUCCUGAUACACACCUUCAAGGCUUCGGCCAAGGAAUUGGGCCUGCUGGUGUUCUUCCUGGUGCUGGGCAUCGUCGUCUUCGCCAGUUUGGUUUACUACGCGGAGAAAUUGCAGGAUAAUAAGGAUAACAGUUUCAAAAGUAUACCGGAGGGUCUCUGGUGGGCGAUCGUAACGAUGACUACUGUAGGUUACGGGGAUAUGGCACCGAAAACGUACGCAGGAAUGUUCGUCGGCGCUCUCUGCGCCCUUGCAGGAGUUCUAACAAUUGCUUUACCUGUACCGGUUAUAGUUUCCAAUUUUUCCAUGUUUUAUUCACACACGCAGGCUAGAGCCAAAUUACCGAAGCAAAGAAGAAGUGUUCUACCUGUAGAGCAGCCUAGGAGGAAGAAAAUCGAACAAGGAACGAACCGAAGGAUGAACGCCAUCAAACAUAAUCCUGUUUUGUUCAAAAACGUUGUAGACAACUCGAAAUUAGCAAUUCCAGAUAACGUAAACGGAGUAAACGUAGUCAGUUUAGCUUUACAAGGCCCUUCGUUACCCAGCAUAGCAGUCCUGCAUCACAACGGACCGUUCAGCAUCCAACCAACCACGCCGGACUACGCAGGAGUCCAAGAAACCUUCAACUCGUUGGAACCCCGACCGGCCACCACAGGCAGCGUCGACGCCCUGCAACUGCAGCCCAAGUACCUGCCCAAUUUCGAAAGGGAGUACCGCUCCGAGCCCAGGGACCUGCCCAAGAGCGAGGAGCAUUUGAACGCCAUCAAAUCGCAACAGUUUCCAUCCAAUUAUUUCUCAGGCAAAAGUUCAUCGAAUUUAACGGAGGCGGGCAUCAGCCUGGCGAGCGUGCCGGCGAUGGCGAUCGGCAGCUCGACGGAGGUGCUGGUCAGCAUCGUGGAGAACCAGGCGAACCUGAGGCGGCGGUCGAUGAUAGCGGGCGAGCCGUGCCAGAAGCAGCUGGAGGCGGCGUCGCCGGACUUCGAGAACCUGAAAUCGCCCAGCACGGAGUUCACGACGUCUUCGGUGCAUUCGGCGGCGGAGGGAUCGAUCGAUGGCGGUUCGAAUCGGCUCGGAUGUGAUAACGACGAUGAAAUGUAUACCGUUUAGCGUUGGUAGAUGGUAUAAUUUCGGAGGUAAUCUGUUUGUUGUUGAUGGAAUUCGUGGAGUUUUAGCUCUCAAAACAAAUCGAAUUUGUUGUUAAUCGUUCUUCGUUUUUUGUAGUGCGAGACACGCAUGUAGUCUAUCUGAAAUUGUUGAAUGAAUCAUUUCGAGAUAAAGCGAGUCGAUAUUUUUGCGUGUUAUUUUGUUAUUCAAUAUAAUAGCACGGUAGUGGUUAGAAUUAUUAUUAUUCAUUAUAUUGCCGGUAAUUACACAAAUGCUACAUUAAAAUUAACAGUAUUAUCACUAUAAUUGCCCAUUAUUUGUGGAAAGUCCAUUGUAAUUGAUAUACCGCCUAUUCGGAUGAUUAUUUGUCGAGAGUUAUUUUAUUUUCUUUAUUAUAGUAGCUAUAGCUGAUAAGCAAAGAUUUAUUCGUUAGUUAAAUUUUUAAGAGUAAUCGUUCGUGUGUUUUUAGCCCCUUUUUCUACACAGGGUACAAUCAGUCCUGGAACCAAAAAAGUCAAUCCAGAAAUAACAAUUAUCGUUAGAGAAAUAAAAGCGAAAGAAAGUAGAGUAAACGCUUGUUACGAAAAUGCUUUAUUUCUAAUUAUUAUUCCUUCUUCUAUUAAAUAUAGAUUUUAUUUAAUAGCAAAUAUAUAUUUUACAUUUUCAAGAAUGUUACCACUUUGAUAUCGUUGUGCCAAUUAUUGUAAUAUUUAUUAUAAAUACCUAUUAGUAGUUCUUAUACCAAUUCAAUAAAAAAUAUUUUUAUUACCG